AUGGUAGGCACGCAGAAGAGCCGCGCAUCACUCGAAAGGGAGCUGGAGGAAGCUGAGGGUGAAUUGUCGCGGUUGGAAGCGUUAGAGAAAUCGCAGAAGCAUGAGCGGGCUCGAAUGGAAGCCGACGACGAUGACGUCGAUGUCGGUUUCAACGAUGACGAGCUUGAAGCCCUACUUGACCGACUAGCAGAGAGCGGAGAAUCAGAUGCGCUUACGGCAUUAGGUAAUAAAGACAGUGACAAAAGCGGCAAAAGCAACAAGAAGGACAAGAGCGACGAGAAUACAAAAGCAAUCCAGCGAUAUAACGAUGAAAUAGGCCUCAAUCAGGCAUUUACGGGGAUAAUGUUUAAUCCACCCCAAUUGCUAUCGCAGGAUGAGCAUAUCAAUCAUUUAAGCAUAUCAGGCGCGUUGCCGUCAUUCCUCAACCACAAUUUCUCCGCGGACGUCAAAAUCGAUACAAUUAGCGGCCAAGUGGCUGAUUUGAAGCUAAAUUGUGCCAUUCCUCAGCUUAGAGGGUGUAUUCGUCACAUAGAACACUCACGCUCACUCCCACUCUUCUUCCAAACAGUGAGGAAGCUAGGUGAUAUGUUGCAGUAUUUUAGUGACCUCCGCCACGUUCUCAUGCUACGCUACCAGAAACACGUCCUCAGCUUCGACACCAACAACAUGUGUUUCAUAGAUCAUAAGCAGCGAAGGCUGAUAUUUACACAUAGCGUGAAGUGGAACAUUGACUACUCGCGUCUAGAACCUGCAUUUAGUUUAUAUGGUCGAUUGGGUGAUGAACAACCUAACGCUGAAGCACGCGUGAUGCUUCAAUCGCUUAGCGUCAAUUUCCUGCGCAUGAUUCAGCUCGGUUUCACGGUGCAGAAGGCGCUCGAAGCCGUCAUCGAUGUCUUCCUCUACGCCCAGCGCACACCACUCACAAACACUCAGAAGCAGGAGAAAGCAGUAGGGAGUGCGUCGCGCAGACAGGCAGCUGUUGACGGGAAACGCGCAUUGAUAGUGCGCGAGAAGCGGAAGGAGAGGAGGGAACACAAUCUUCGGACUUUAUUUGAGAGCCGCGGCGCAUCAACUGAAGCACAGAAACAGGAGAUCGUGGAUGAAUUGAAGAAGAAGAAGUUGCGCAAAUUACGUGAAGCUAAGAAAAAAGCUAAGACGGAUAAAAAAAGGGAGGAGAAAGUCUCAGAUAUCAGACAGCGCAAGAAAGAGCAGAUGAAAGCGGAGAAAAAAGAGCAGCUGAGAAGGUCCAAGCAGGCAAAGAGGGAUAAGCAGAGAGAGGAGAAUGAGAAACGGGAGAGAGAUAAACAGGCGAGAGAAGAUCGGGAGAAUGAGAGACGCGAGCAAGAGUUGGCUAGUGAGAGACAAAGAGGUGAUGAGAAUGGAAACGAAGAUAAUAAUAACAUUGCAGAUCAGUCUGGCGACUAG